UAUUAUUUCUUGCUCAUGUCAAAGUUUCUGUUUUGGUUUGUUUUAAACAUUUCCAAUGAAAACAAAACUAACUUUUUAUAAAAACUACACACACCCUCAACCUAAAUCCCUUUGCUUUCUCCCAUGCACAAAUAGUAAAGAUAGUUGCAGCCUAAGAAAUGCAAUUUCAAAGCCACAUACGCCGCCAGAGAGGCCACCACCACCACCACCGCCGCCACCGCCAACAACCGACUUCAAGCCACCCUCGGAUAUGUCUAGGGCACAAUUUCGGUCCUCGAGGCUCACAUGAACCCUUUGAAAAAAAAGAUGUGGUGAUCGUGAUGAACGCAACGAAGAAGUUUUCAGUGAAAGCACUUGAGUGGGUACUCAAGAAUAUCGAACUGGAUACUUGCUGCACUAUUACACUUUUCGGGGUCAAGCCAUGGUUAAGUUUUGUGUCUUCUUGCAAAACUGAGACAGACAUAUGGACAAUGAACAUAAAAAACUUAAUGAGUAUGAGAGACACCGAUGAAUGGAGGAAUGAUAGUCGGUGUCAAAAGGCUCAAGAACUAGUUGAUCUUUGCUUGAAAUACAAGGUCACACCACGGAUACAGACCGGGCAAGGGUUCCCAAAACGGUUACUUGUUCUAGAAAAAAUCGCAAGCGCCUAUGCAACAUGGGUCGUUUUUGACAGAUAUAAUAACAAAAAACACAUUGAAUAUGUUGCAAAAAAAGUUCCUUGCAACCUUCUUGUGAUGAAACGUAACGGGGAGGCCGAAAUGAUCAAAGGUCGUACAACAACUUAUGAAAGUAUUGAUGAAAGCCCGACAACGUCAUCUUCAACCAUACCGCCCAUACCCACACCCAAGCUGAUGCUUUCCGAUGAAUACAAGAGGAAGCUCAGGAUCACGAGUCCGUAAGCGAUGUGUUAUUAUAUUAUUAUGAUCUUACUAUGAGGGCCAAAUUUGGUUCACAAAUUUCACAAG